CGACUUAUUUUGUGUUCAAUAAAAAGUUAAAAAAACCACUGCGAUCCUGACGCGGAACGAUCGAAAGCGACGCCCAAAUUAACGAUCUCGCCGAGCCCCCUUUCCUCUGCCCCCCGUCGACUGGGCGUCAGCACCGCCUCCGUUCUCCCUUCUCCACGCCUGCCUCAACGCCGGAGAUGAACGCCGGCAGCGCCGCGAAACUCAUCGUCGAGGCGCUCCUCCAACGUUUCCUCCCGCUCGCACGCCGUCGCAUCGAGACCGCCCAGGCCCAGGAUGGGCAAUAUCUUCGUCCAUCUGAUCCAGCGUAUGAGCAAGUACUGGACUCGUUAGCUAUGGUUGCGCGUCACACACCUGUUCCUCUCUUGGAAGCUCUUCUUCGUUGGAGAGACAGUGAGUCUCCUAAGGGUGCAAAUGAUGCUUCUACAUACCAGAAGAAGCUCGGAGUGGAGUGCAUAUUCUGCUCCGCUUGCAUUCGCUUUGUGGAAUGUUGUCCUCAGGAAGGGAUCACAGAAAAACUGUGGUCUGGUCUAGAAAAUUUUGUGUUUGACUGGCUAAUUAAUGCAGACAGGGUUGUCAGCCAGGUUGAUUAUCCUUCCUUGGUAGAUUUGCGUGGGCUUCUUUUAGACCUUGUCGCACAACUUUUAGGCGCUUUAUCACGGAUCAGGUUUAGUUCUGUGACUGAGCGGUUUUUUAUGGAGCUAAAUACUCGGCGCAUUGACACAAGUGUGGCUAGAAGUGAGACUCUCAGUAUUAUAAAUGGGAUGCGCUACCUUAAAUUAGGAGUAAAGACAGAAGGUGGAUUGAAUGCUUCAGCAUCCUUCGUGGCAAAAGCUAAUCCUCUUAAUCGUACUCCUCACAAGAGAAAGAGUGAACUGUAUCAUGCGUUGUGCAAUAUGCUUUCAAGCAUUCUAGCACCACUUGCAGAAGGUGGAAAAAACCACUGGCCUCCAGUGGGAGUGGAUUCUGCUUUGGCAUUAUGGUAUGAAGCUGUAGCUAGAAUUAGAGGGCAACUUAUGCAUUGGAUGGAGAAACAGACCAAACAUAUAGCAGUUGGUUUUCCAUUGGUGACCCUUCUACUAUGUCUUGGUGAUCCCCACAUAUUUAACACUAACUUUGGUCCUCAUAUGGAGCUUCUGUAUAAGUAUCUUAAAGACAAAAACCAUCGCUCCAUGGCGCUUGAUUGUUUGCAUCGGGUUGUGAAGUUUUACUUAAAUGUUUAUGCAGGUUACCAGCCUAAAAAUCAAGUAUGGGAUUAUUUAUACAGUGUGACAUCUCAGUUGUUGACAGUCUUAAAGAAAGGUUUGCUAACUCAAGAUGUUCAGCAUGACAAGCUUGUUGAGUUCUGUGUGACUUUAGCUGAGAGCAACCUAGAUUUCACCAUGAAUCAUAUGGUAUUGGAAUUGUUAAAACCUGAUAGUUUGAGUGAAGCAAAGGUUAUUGGUCUGCGGGCUUUACUUGCCAUUGUCAUGUCUCCUUCAAACCAACAAUUUGGCUUGGAAGUUUUUCAUGUGCAUGGUAUCGGUCAUUUUAUUCCCAAAGUGAAAUCUGCAAUUGAGUCUAUUUUAAGGUCAUGCAAUAAAGCCUACAGUCAAGCCCUUCUCACUUCACCAAAGACAACCAUUGGUAUGAUUUUCCUUUUUCUAUGCAUUGUUUCUUUUGCUAAUGCACAAGUUAUGUCUAUAGUUCUUGUACAAGGGGAUAUCAAGGUUUUAUAUUCAUACUAUUGGAAUAAAUAUUUUUUGUUAUCUAACAUUGGUUAUUCCAUUCUUCUAUCUGCUUUAGCCACUACCAUCUCCUCCUUUCAUGAGACUUGGAUGCGUGACAAGGAGCGGCAACUGUUGGUAAAUGAUGGUCAAAACAUUAAGAGAUCAGGUCUUGGAGGGGAGAAAGUCAACAGAUCUCCAUUUUUUCAGUCUGCAGAUCUGUCUGAUUUCAGGACAACAGAAGUUGAUGCUCUUGGUCUUGUUUUCCUCAGUUCAGUCGAUGUCCAGAUAAGACAUACUGCAUUAGAAUUACUGAGAUAUGUUCGUCUUUUAAGAAAUGAUAUCAGAGACCUUGCAGCAAAUGAGCGGGCAGAUCAUAAAUUUUAUGAGCCAGAACCAAUUUAUGUCAUUGACGUGCUGGAAGAAAAUGGAGAUGAUAUUGUUAUGAGUUGCUAUUGGGAUCCUGGACGCCCAUUUGAUUUGAGGAGGGAAUUUGAUCCAGUGCCUCCUGAUAUAACGCUGCAAUCCAUUCUUGAAAACCCUGAUAAAAACAGAUGGGCUCGUUGCCUUAGUGAAUUUGUUAAGUUUGCUUCUGAACUUUGCCCAAAUUCUGUUCAAGAAGCAAGGCUGGAAGUUAUGAGGAGGCUUGCGCUUGUUACACCAGUUGAAUUAGGUGGGAAGGCCAAUCAGUCUCAAGAUGCAGAAAACAAACUAGAUCAGUGGUUAAUGUAUGCGAUGUUUUCAUGUUCCUGUCCUCCUGAUAACAGAGAAGAGGGUAGCUUUGCAGCGGCUAAGGAACUUUUUCAUCUUAUUUUCCCGGCUUUGAGACAUGGCUCUGAAACACAUGUACAAGCAGCUAUUACCGCUCUUGGUCACUCAAGCUUGGAAAUAUGUGAAACAAUGUUUGGCGAGCUUGCAACAUUUGUUGAAGAAGUUUCAUUAGAAGCAGAAGGCAAACCAAAAUGGAAGAAUCAGAAAUCUCGCCGUGAAGAUUUUCGGAUACAUAUUGCGAAUAUCUAUCGUACAAUUGCUGAAAAAAUCUGGCCAGGGAUGCUUAUUCGGAAGCCUGUUCUGCGACUACAUUUUCUGAGAUUCAUUGACGAAACAUAUCGCCAGAUAAGCACGCAGAUGAGCAUGUCAGCAACUGACAAUGUUCAGGAACUGCUGCCACUUCGUUAUGCAUUAGCUUCUGUUGUAAGAUAUUUAGCUCCAGAGUUUGUUGAAUCAAAGUCUGAGAAGUUUGAUGUCAGAACUAGGAAGAAGCUUUUUGAUUUCCUGCUCAGUUGGUGUGAUGAAACAAACAGUGAAAGCAGCAAUGAUUAUCACAGGGAGGUUGAGCGUUACAAGUCAGGACAGCAUAUUAGAUCAAGAGAGUCUAUAGAUAAAUUUUCUUUUGAUAAGGAGGUAGUUGAACAAGUGGAGGCUGUACAAUGGACCUCCAUGAAUGCAAUUGCCUCUCUCUUGUAUGGACCUUCUUUUGAUGAUAAUGCGAGGAAGAUGAGUGGUCGCGUUAUAUCUUGGAUCAACAAUUUAUUUAUGGAACCAGCCCACCGUGCUCCAUUUGGUUAUUCGCCUGUGGAUCCUCGAACUCCAUCAUAUUCAAAGUACAUAGGAGAUGGAGGUCGGCUGAUUGCUGGACGAGAUAAGCACAAAAAUGGACAUCUCCGGGUCCUUCUAGCAAAAAUUGCCCUAAAAAAUCUUUUGCAAACAAAUCUGGAGUUAUUUCCUGCUUGCAUUGAUCAGUGCUAUUCUCCAGAUUCUUCAAUAGCAGAUGGUUACUUUAGUGUACUAGCCGAGGUCUAUAUGUGCGAAGAAGUUACAAAAUGUGAGAUUCAGAGACUACUAAGUCUAAUCCUCUACAAAGUAGUUGAUCAAUCCAGGCAAAUUCGUGAUAAUGCCCUUCAAAUGUUGGAAACCCUUUAUAUACGUGAGUGGGCUGAGGAUUAUAUUGAAGGUGCAGGACGCUACCAGGUGUCAGUUGUUGGCAACCUUCCAGACUCUUAUCAACAAUUUCAGUACAAACUCUCCUCAAAACUUGCUAAAGACCAUCCUGAACUUAGUGAGCUUCUUUGUGAAGAAAUUAUGCAACGUCAGCUUGAUGCAGUCGACAUAAUUGCUCAGCAUCAGGUUCUAACUUGCAUGGCUCCUUGGAUUGAAAAUCUGAACUUUGUGAAACUUUGGGAAUCUGGUUCUGGUUGGAACAAAAGACUGUUGAAAAGUCUCUAUUAUGUGACGUGGAAACAUGGUGAUCAAUUUCCUGAUGAGAUAGAGAAGCUAUGGAAUACAGUUGCUUGCAAUAACAGGAACAUUGUUCCAGUCCUUGACUUUUUGAUCACUAAAGGGAUCGAAGAUUGUGAUUCUAAUACAUCAGCAGAGAUAACAGGAGCAUUUGCUACAUAUUUUUCUGUAGCCAAACGUGUUAGUUUAUAUCUAGCACGUAUCUGUCCACAACAAACAAUUGAUCACUUGGUAUGCGAGUUGUCACAGAGAAUGCUGGAGGAGAUUGAGGAACCAGUUAGGCCUAGCAAGGGUGAUCCUAUGGCAAACUUUAUUUUGGAGUUCUCUCAAGGACCCACAACUGCUACUCAGGUUGCAACAAUUGCCGACAGUCAACCUCACAUGUCCCCGUUGCUUGUUCGAGGCUCCCUUGAUGGCCCACUUAAAAAUGCGAGUGGUAAUUUGAGCUGGCGGACUUCAGGAAUAACAGGCCGUAGUAUCUCAGGCCCAUUGAGUCCAAUGCAUCCUGAAGGUAACUUGGUUCCUCCUACCACUGGCAGAUCAGGGCAGCUCCUUCCUGCACUUAUGAACAUAUCAGGCAUGAGCUUGUCAGGGCCAUUGAUGAAUAUUCGAGGCUCAACUGGCAACUUGAGAAGCCGCCAUGUAUCUCGUGAUAGUGCAGAUUGUUUGAUUGAUACACCAAAUUCUGGCGAGGAUAUAUUGCAUCCUGGUAGUAUAAUUCAAGGGAUUAAUGCCAGCGAACUCCAAUCAGCAUUGCAAGGACAUCAACAGCAUUUACUUUCCCGAGCAGACAUAGCAUUGAUAUUGCUUGCUGAAAUUGCCUAUGAAAAUGAUGAAGAUUUUCGUGAACAUUUGCCUUUGCUCUUCCAUGUUACAUGUGUUUCCAUGGAUAGUUCAGAAGACAUAGUUCUCUUGCAUUCUCAACAUCUUCUUGUCAACUUACUUUAUUCACUUGCUGGAAGACACCUAGAACUAUAUGAGGUUGAGAUCAGUGAUGGAGAGAAUAAGCAGAAAGUGUUUAGCCUAAUAAAGUACAUUCAGUCCAAGCGUGGCAGCUUGAUGUGGGAGAAUGAGGACCCGACUCUUGUGAGAACUGAGCUCCCCAGUACUGCACUGCUUUCGGCACUUGUCUUGAGCAUGGUGGAUGCCAUUUUUUUCCAGGGUGAUCUACGAGAGACAUGGGGUGCAGAAGCACUCAAGUGGGCAACUGAAUGCACAUCUAGACAUCUUGCAUGUCGUUCACACCAGAUAUAUAGGGCUCUACGGCCUAGUGUGAAAAGUGAGAAUUGUGUGAUACUUCUCCGCUGCCUUCACAGAUGCUUGGGUAAUCCUGUUCCAGCUGUUCUUGGGUUUGCAAUGGAAAUUCUCUUGACAUUGCAGGUAAUGGUGGAAAAUAUGGAGCCAGAGAAGGUUAUUCUCUAUCCACAACUUUUCUGGGGUUGUGUUGCUAUGAUGCACACAGAUUUCGUGUACAUUUACUGCCAGGUGCUUGAGCUGUUUUCCCGUGUAAUUGAUAGGUUGUCCUUCCGUGAUCAGACAACCGAGAAUGUACUAUUGUCCAGCAUGCCACGUGAUGAGUUUGACAUCUACAGUUGUGACACAGCAGAGAUUCACAGCUUGGAAACGAGAUCUGGCCGAGAAUCUUUGCCAUCUGAGAGUGGGAAGGUCCCAGCGUUUGAAGGCGUGCAGCCUCUUGUGCUGAAGGGACUUAUGUCCACUGUCAGUCAUGAUUCAGCGAUCGAGGUGCUAUCUCGAAUGACUGUUCCUUUUUGUGAUUCCAUAUUUGGGAGCCAGGAGACACGACUUUUGAUGCACAUUACAGGUUUACUUCCCUGGCUCGCCUUGCAGCUAACCAAGGAUCCAGUUUCCACUGACUCAGUUUCACCUCUUCAACAUCAGUACCAGAAGGCUUGCUCUGUUGCUUCUAAUGUUUCCUUCUGGUGUCGUGCAAAAGCAUUAGAUGAUCUUGCUGAAUUGUUUUUAGCUUAUUCUCGUGGUGAAAUAAUUUCUACUGAUGACCUAUUUGCACGUGUCUCUCCGCUUAUCUGUUCUGCAUGGUUCCCUAAACACUCAUCUUUAGCAUUUGGCCAUUUGCUAAGGUUACUUGAGAAGGGCCCUUUGGCGUAUCAGCGAGUGGUAUUAUUGAUGCUCAAAGCAUUCUUGCAGCAGACACCUAUGGAUGCAGCCCAGAGUCCACAUGUUUAUGCUGUUGUGUCGCAACUUGUCGAGAGUACACUGUGUUGGGAGGCACUUGGUGUUCUGGAAGCUCUUUUGCAGAGUUGUAGUAGCGUUAGUGGUGGAUACACGGAUGAUGUGGUAUUUAACGAAAAUGGUUAUGGUGCAAGCGAGAGAAUCUUGCAAGGUAUUCUAGUGCCUCAGAGCUCGUUCAAGGCUCGAAGUGGACCUCUUCAAUAUUUAGCAGGAUCUGCAUUUGGCAUUGCAUUUGCAGCUCAAGUUGCUGCAGGCACAGCAGAUGGUAGUUCGUCAGCUAGAGAGACAGCACUUCAGAAUACUCGCUUACUUCUUGGUCGCGUGCUUGACAAUUGUGCGCUUGGUAAGAAGAGGGAUCACAAGCGCCUAGUUCCCUUUGUUGUCAAUGUUGGAACCUAAAACAUAUGGUACUGGCAAUUUUCCACGACAACUGUAUAUAUAAUAUUCUCAUAAUCCACGAGUUGGAUGAUAGUGAUGCGCUGAACCAUCAUUUUCUUGAAUGCCCAGCAAGUGAAAUUAAGGAGCAUCAUCUUGCCAUGCAAAUUUUGCACACAUUUGAGAACUUGAACUCCCAACCCGGGAUGUGCUCCCUACACACUGAAUGCCGCAUGGAGACCCAACUUAAAAGCUUGACAUUUGCUCAUUGAAGUGUGGAUGAUGCGCGACAGUGACUCAGAAUCCGUUUCUUUAUUAAUCCUUUCUUCCAAUUCCAGCAUCUCAUUGUAGCUAGCAAUCAUCGGCAGGCCUCUUCCUUUCCCUAGUUACUGAAUUUGUAAUUGUUUCUGUUAUCCUAAUGUCUACAUGACAUGCUGCAGUCCUGCAAUUUGGAACCUUGUUGCAAUUGUACGCAUCAUGAAAGUGGCUCCAGUCCAUGAUUUGUACCGUAAAAGCUGCAUGGGAAAGAAGCUCGGAAGACCACGUUCUAAACAGGUUAGCACCAACACGGGGGUUUUUUUUUUUUAAUUUUUUUUACUUGUAUAGAUUUUAGAACAUCGUAAAUGUAAUAUGAUGUCAUCCUUCCAACGAUCACUUGCUUUGCUAGAUUUAUUGGAUGCUUUAAUCUCUUAUUGGAAUAUGAUCACUAUGAACUAUUGUCUUCAACA